AUGCGUGGGCCAUGGUAUCCUCUGUCUCAAUGGCUGUCAAUGUUUGAAGUAGCUAAUUUAAUAAACAUUCGCGUUUUCUACAGGUUGUUUGAUUAAAUGUCAGAGAGCUGGACAACCCUCGGUCUGUCAGUGGGUGGUGCCUCAUUUGGCGGUUGAGGAGGAGCUAUCUGCAGAUGUUAUGGACUAACUACUGUAGAAGAAGUUAAAAUACGCGGCACAUGAGUUGAUGCUUGCUCAACUGAAGACACGGCGCAACAUAGAUUAUCCCGAUGGAGAAUUAAUCUGUGGAUUCAACAAUGGUUCUUUGAAACAGGCAGUCUUAGCUUUCCAGUCACACUCCCACCUCCCUCUUUCUUCUCUUGGUGUACACCCCUCUUUUCAUUUUGACCAGUGUUUUAUUGUUCUACAAUUUCAACCGGUUUCAGUUUACGCUGCUGGUAGAACGUCUCUGUCACUCCCAGUCACGUCCCUGAGAAACUGCUCUGAGUCGAGGCUGAAGGCUGUAAAUCCUCCACAAUGGUUGCUGAGGGGGACUCGGCGUCUCAGGGCAGCGGCGUGCGGCUGAAGCAGGAGAUUUCCCUCCUCCAUGGGGUCUGUCUCAUAGUGGGAAAUAUGAUAGGAUCCGGUAUCUUCGUAUCACCUAAGGGGGUUCUUAAAUAUACAGGCUCAUAUGGCCUGUCCCUGGUGGUGUGGGCCAUUGGAGGGAUAUUUUCUGUGUUUGGAGCGUUAUGCUAUGCUGAGCUAGGAACUACUAUCCGUAAAUCUGGAGCGUCCUACGCCUAUAUCCUGGAGGCCUUUGGAGGCUUAUUGGCUUUUAUACGAUUGUGGACGUCGCUGUUGAUAGUGGAGCCAGCCUGUCAGGCGGUGAUCGCCCUGACCUUCGCCAACUACUUGGUCCAGCCCUUCUACCCCUCCUGCCCCUCCCCGUAUGUCGCCGUCCGCCUCAUCGCUGCUGCCAUCAUAGGUCUGCUGACUUUCGUGAACUGUAUGAAAGUGAAAUGGGGAGCUAUUCUUCAGGUCAUCUCCACCGUAGCAAAGGUCCUAGCUCUCAUCGUCAUCAUCAUUACUGGCCUGAUUAAGCUUGGACAAGGUUUCGACCAGAACUUUGAGGACUCCUUCAAAGGCUCCAAACUGGACCCCGGUAACAUGGCCAUGGCCCUCUACGCAGCCCUGUACUCCUACUCAGGCUGGGACACGCUCAACUUCAUCACAGAGGAGAUUAAAAACCCAGAGAGGAAUCUGCCUUUGUCCAUUGCUAUUUCCAUGCCCAUUGUCACUGUGAUCUACAUCUUGACCAACAUCGCUUACUACGUGGUGAUGGAUGCAGACCAAGUGCUCGCCAGUGACGCUGUUGCUGUGACGUUUGCAGACGAGGCGCUGGGCUGGGGUCGAUGGAUGAUCCCGCUCUCUGUGGCCAUUUCCUGUUACGGAGGCCUCAACUCCUCCAUCAUCGCUGCCUCCAGGUUGUUUUUCGUCGGAUCCAGAGAAGGUCACCUACCUAAUGUGCUGUGCAUGAUCCACAUCAAGCGUUUCACACCAAUCCCUGCACUGCUUUUCAAUGGUGGCAUGUCUCUGUUAUACCUGUCCGUGCCUGAUGUUUUCCAGUUGAUCAACUACUUCAGUUUCAACUACUGGUUGUUCAUCGGCCUCUCGAUAGCCAGCCAGAUCUACCUUCGCAUCAAAUUUCCCGAUAUGCACAGACCUGUUAAGCUGUCUUUGUUCUUCCCCAUCGUGUAUUGCUUGUGCAGCGUUUUCCUGGUAGUUGUUCCCCUCUACAGUGACACCAUGAACUCUCUGGUGGGGAUUUCUGUGGCCUUGUCUGGUGCACCUGUGUACUACUUCUGCAUCUACCUGCCAGCCAGCUCCAGACCAGACUUCCUCAAUAAAAUGCUUGAUAGGAUCUCUCUGUACACCCAGAAACUGUGCAUGUGCUGUGUGGCUUCGCCUGAUAUCGACCUGGACAAUUUAGACCCGGAGAAGAUUGAAUGAUGGAGCAACAAAGGCCUUGUGUGGAAUGGAAUAACAAGAAUGAACACAAAGGAAGCUUUGAGCCGUAUAACUUGAUGAAUGAAAGAAGGAUGAAGAAGAAACUGGAGAGGUGAGCUGUACACAUCUCUUCUCUCACAUUUGAGCCAUAUGGUAAAAGGACAAGGAUUCUACUCGGAAUUAAUAAGUAUCCCCCCCCCCCCCCCACAAACAGCACUGUACAGAUUAACUCAGUGAAACUUGAGCACAUUCCCAUGCUUUACGCAGUGCAGUGUUGGCCGUUAAGUUCCCUCCACACAUGUGCCCAUAAACUGCAACACACACACACACACACACACACACACACACAAGCUGACCGAAGCCUCAGGGUGAUGCUGCGACAAAUGGAAAUGAACAACCUGAUCCAGGAGGAAUCGACUCAGCAAACAUGCCUGAGGUGAUUGAUUCACAAACGGGAGGCUGCUGAGGAAAAAAGACACGGGUGGAACUGAAAAGGACCUUACAUGCGUUUCAUCUCGUGUUAAGGACGUGAGUUACUAUAGCACAUGUGAACGUGCAAAAGAUAGGCCUCAAUGGUUCAAAUCUUGGUACCUUUUUAAAAUAAUAUUUCACCUUCCAAAAUGACCAUUUGUAUAUGUAUUAAUCACCCUGUGUUACCUUUGCAACAUUUUGUGAGUAACAUUCUCCUAUUUAAAUGAACACUCGCAAAUAUCACAGGAUAGUUCUUCCAAAGGUUGAAGUCCCCUUCAAUCCUUUUAGGUCCCUUAAUGUUAUAAAAUGUAGAAUGAUCAAGUAAUUUAAAGGCGAAAACAAUGAUUAUAAGAAGUUGAACAAUUAUUACAUGCAACCCCUCAUCUACUAACCCAAUGAUGGAGCUCUCUGGUUUUUCAUUGGUUUGCAUCAACAUCACACCGGUCAUCUGCCAGUGUGUGUGGUACUGGUAAACAUAUUCCUGUUGGGAAAGGUUUGUUUUUUUGCAAGCGUGUAUACAUCUCAGACAGAUAACGUCCAACAACAUUGUGUUUUGUUGACAGACCUCUAAAUACUGCAGUGAAUUUGCACAUCACAUCUAUGUUUAUUGUACAACCUCUUUGGUCAUAGGAAAGCUUUACUCUGAUCUAUUUCCAACCAAAUGGACAGAUGAAGAUGGUUUGUAAUAAUUAGUUCAGAAAAAGGAGAUUAUUUCCAAAAGCUUUUAUUUCUUGCAGUUCGAACAAGCUCGUCAUAAAUCUGUCACUAUGUGCAUCCUGCUUUUUGUAAUGUCUGAUGUUUUCUUCUGUGACCUUCAUCUUCGAAUGCAUCUUCAGGGCUAUACUUGAUUUCUGGGGCCUCCUAGUGGUAGCUCAUAUAAACUUCCAGGGACCAGCUAUAACGGUGUCAUUCAAAAGUCCAUCUUGCAUGUUUGUGUUAUUGCUGUUGGUCAUCUUGUUCUCUCUUUUCAUACAAACACACCCUGGUGAGAGGAAUGUAACUUUUAGUGUUAUGGGUAUAUAAAAGAAGGUUUCUAAAUAUUUCACAGCUGAUUGUUUCUCGUUAGGUGCCUGCGUCACUCCUCUGGAUAAUGUCUUGGUAAACAAACCACGCUGUUGUGCACACGUUGAUACUUAUGACCUUUCUCUUUUUCCCCACUGGUUUUAAAGAGUUUGUAUCACCGAUGAGAUAUUUUACUGUAAUUAUGCCUUGUGAAUUUAUCACCAACUUGGACCAUUUAUCCACCGUGCACAGCCAAAGCUCUUAAACAGGCUGGUCGCUUUCUGCUCACAGAGCCUGUAGCAAAAGGUCUCUGCUUUGAAGUGAAGAAUAUAUAGAUGUAGGUGGUUGAAUUAGAGGUAGAAACAAGUGUUUUGUUUGUACUGUAGUUCUUAUAAACGCUCUGUGCCUUCUGUAAGUGCGGUCUGCCAAAGACCCCGUCUAUUUUUGAUAUUUUCUUGUGUCUUAAGCACAAUCCUAUUUUUACAUUUCUGCAGGAUUUGCCAAAUGUUCUUCAGGUAGUAGAGUAGCUUCAAAUGUUGUAGUCAAGGUAAAGGUCUGUACAUUCUCAGCUGGGAAUAAUAAUCAGGCUUUAGAUUGAACAAUGUAUUGUGUCUUCACUUCCUCAUCACCAGCCAACAGAAGCACACGCGCAUAUGUUAAAUGUUGCUUUCUCCGGGGUCGCUGUCAUCAUUUAAACCAAACUACUACUUGUGUAGGUUGUUAAGAAGAAAACUACAUGUCUGCAGUAAAUACAGAAUAUUUUCAAUGUGAUCCAAUGCAUAGUGUCAUGUUGAGAACCGAUAUACUCUCACAUCACAGGACUUGAAUGUUGCAAUAUAUUUGAUGUUUCAUCUGGUACCAAAUACAGAAUGGGUGUUUUCCAGUAAUGUUUGACAAAGUUGUUAUUUGUGUUGGGAGUAUGUCUUAAGUGCUUACUAUGUUGACUGUUUUUAUUUAUUAUAUUCAGAACAUGGGCAAACCUAAUGGCAAGAGAUGCUUUUCAGUUGAGGAAUCCUUGUUUGCCCAGACUGAGACAGGAAGGAGCUGUGUUUUUAUUUGAAUAAAGGCAAGUACCGUA